AUGGGAGCCCAGCCUGAGGCAGGGGAGCCUCGUCAGGAGCAGCUGGCGGAGCAGCAAGCGUCCUGGAGCCAGCACUUGCCGGCCCACAGCUGCCAGGACGCUGUGCCUGUUGUGGCAGCUGGCAACAGCCCCAGCCUGGUGGUGGAGACGACCCCUGGAGCCACCAAGGGAUCUCCAGGAAGCUGCCCCAAGAGAGCCCUCGAGCAUCGCGAAGCUGCUCCUCACGCCCCCCUGUGCCAAGCCUCAGGCUGUAGCCCCGGCCGUCCCGGGCAGCAGAGUGCAGGCCACGACGCCGGGGACAGCGACGGUGCCGCCCUGCCCCGCAGCACCGCGGCUCCUGCAGCCGCCUCUGCGCGCCGCCCCUCCCCAGCUGUGCCGCUGGCCAGCCCGGCGGCGGCGAGGAGGCGGUGGCCGCUGCCCGGUGCGCAGCUGGAAGCAGGUGAGAGCAAGGUGGUCCGCGGUGGCCCGGCCCGCCUGACUGGCGGGCAGCUGCAGGGGAGCCCCGGGCGCAAGGCUGAUGGCUCGCUCUUGGCCGCAGGGCAAAGGAAGCAGCCGCAGGAGCUGUACCAGCUGGGCCCGCAGCUGGGCAGCGGCGGCUUCGGCACCGUUUUCGCGGGCACCCGCCUCUCGGAUGGAAGCCCGGUGGCCAUCAAACGCGUGGCCCGGGAGAGCGUCCUGCGGUGGGAAGAGCUGCCCGACGGCACCCGUGUUCCCAUGGAAAUCGUGCUGAUGGAGAAGGUGGGCUCUGGAUGCCCCUACAUCAUCCAGCUCCUCGACUGGUUCGAGCUGCCUGACAGCUUUCUGCUGGUGAUGGAGCGUCCGGAGGCAUCGCAGGAUCUCCUGCAGCUCCUGAUGCAGCACGAGUUCCUGUGCGAGGAGGUGGCGCGCUGGCUUUUCCACCAGGUGCUGGAGGCCGUGCGGCACUGCACCGCCUGCGGCGUCCUGCACCGCGACAUCAAGCCACAGAACCUCCUCGUGGACCCGGAGAGCGGCGACCUGAAGCUCAUUGACUUCGGUUGCGGCACCUUCCUCCAGGAGCGCGCCUUCACGCGAUUUGCGGGAACACGCGCGUACAGCCCACCCGAGUGGAUCGGCAUCGGCUGCUACCACGGCCAUUCGGCCACCGUCUGGUCCCUGGGCGUGCUGCUGUACGUCAUGGUCUGCGGGAGCCUCCCCUUCUGGGACGACCGUGCCAUCGUGUCGGGGCAGCUCUUCUUCGAGCACCAGGUCUCUCCAGAGUGCGAACAUCUGAUCCGCUGGUGUUUGUCCAAGCACCCCGCGGACAGGCCAGCGCUGGAGCAGAUCUUGUGGCACCCGUGGGUGCGGGGCGGGCGUUUUUGA